AUGAGUGAACAAAGUAUCUGCCAGGCAAGAGCUGCUGUGAUGGUUUAUGACGAUGCCAAUAAGAAGUGGGUGCCAGCUGGUGGCUCGACUGGCUUUAGCAGAGUUCAUAUCUAUCACCAUACAGGCAACAACACAUUCAGAGUGGUGGGCAGGAAGAUUCAGGACCAUCAGGUUGUGAUAAAUUGUGCCAUUCCUAAAGGGUUGAAGUACAAUCAAGCUACACAGACCUUCCACCAAUGGCGAGAUGCUAGACAGGUGUAUGGUCUCAACUUUGGCAGCAAAGAAGAUGCCAAUGUCUUCGCAAGUGCCAUGAUGCAUGCCUUAGAAGUAUUAAAUUCGCAAGAAGCAGCCCAGAGCAAGGUUACUGCUACCCAGGACAGCACUAAUUUGCGAUGUAUUUUCUGUGGGCCAACAUUGCCUAGACAAAAUUCACAACUACCUGCCCAAGUUCAAAAUGGCCCAUCCCAAGAAGAAAUGGAAAUUCAAAGAAGGCAACUACAGGAGCAGCAAAGACAGAAGGAGCUGGAACGGGAAAGGCUGGAGAGAGAAAGAAUGGAGCGGGAAAGGUUGGAGAGAGAGAGGUUAGAAAGAGAAAGGCUAGAGCGAGAGCGACUGGAGCAAGAGCAACUGGAGAGAGAGAGACAAGAACGGGAACGGCAGGAGCGGCUAGAGCGGGAGAGGCUGGAGCGCCUGGAGCGGGAGCGGCAGGAGCAGCUGGAGCGGCAGGAGCAGCUGGAGUGGGAGCGGGAGCGUGAGCGCAGAGUCUCCAGUGCUGCUGCCCCUGCCUCUGUUGAGACUCCUCUAAACUCUGUGCUGGGAGACUCCUCUGCUUCUGAGCCAGGCUUGCAGACAGCCUCUCAGCCGGCCGAGACUCCAGCCCAACAGGGCAUUGUCUUGGGACCACCUGCACCUCCUCCACCUCCCCCUCUCCCAUCAGGCCCUGUCCAGACAGCACUCCCUCCACCCCCAGGGCCUCCACCACCCCCUCCACUGCCAUCCUCUGGGCCUCCACCACCACCUCCCCCUCCUCCUCUUCCUAAUCAAGUGCCCCCUCCUCCACCACCUCCUCCUGCCCCUCCCCUCCCUGCAUCUGGAUUUUUUUCGGGAUCCAUAUCAGAGGACAAUCGCCCUUUAACUGGACUUGCAGCUGCAAUUGCUGGAGCGAAACUUAGGAAAGUGUCACGGGUGGAGGAUUCCUCCUUCCCCAGUGGAGGGAGUCCCAUUGGUGUGAACUCGGCAGCAUCCAAAACAGAUACAGGUCGUGGAAAUGGACCUCUUCCCUUAGGGGGUAGUGGUUUAAUGGAAGAAAUGAGUGCCCUGCUGGCCAGGAGGAGAAGAAUUGCUGAAAAGGGAUCAACAAUAGAAACAGAACCAAAAGAGGACAAAAGUGAAGAGUCAGAGCCUGUAACUUCUAAGGCCUCUUCAACAAGCACACCUGAACCAACAAGAAAACCUUGGGAAAGAACAAAUACAAUGAAUGGCAGCAAGUCACCUGUCAUUUCCAGACGGGAUUCUCCAAGGAAAAAUCAGAUUGUUUUUGACAACAGGUCCUGUGAUUCAUUACACAGACCAAAAUCUGCGCCCUCAUCCCAGCCCAGUGCCAAUGGAGUGCAGACAGAAGGACUUGACUACGACAGGCUGAAGCAGGACAUUUUAGAUGAAAUGAGAAAAGAAUUAGCAAAGCUAAAAGAAGAACUCAUUGAUGCAAUCAGGCAGGAACUGAGCAAGUCAAACACUGCCUAGACAGACUACCAGAGGAGAGGACUUGAAUCGGGAGAAAAAUUAUUCCUACAAUCUUUAACAACAAACCCCUACAUUUUGUGAGCUGAAAGAAGAAAAGUGGAGACAGAAGGAGGGAAAACCUACACUCCGAGAGCCUUCAGACAUUGUGACUCUGCGACAAGCUAGUUCCCUCCAGUUUGCUGCUUUUUAUAAAAAAACAAAAAAACCUUUACUGCAGGAUGGAAAAGAAUUGUGUAAGAAUCCCUGUGACAGUUAUGCAGAUAGUACUAAACCCGCCAGGCAAGAUCACCGUGCGUUGAAAUAUUUUCAUGUCAAGAUAAAAUCGCACAUUUUCCACAAUCCAUUGCUAAAUAAAGAGAAGAAAGGCUUAAGAAGUUUUUUUUUUCCCCAGAGAGUACUGAUACUGAUGAAGAAUUUAGCAUAUGCUAUAUUGUAUUGCAAAUGUUUCUCUCAGGUUUGUCUUCCUAUCAUAUUUGAUAUUCCAUGAAUAAUUGAUCAGCCCUAUGUUGGUUAACAUCUUUAAAAUGGGGAACAAACAAUUGUACAUGCUUCUGAAGGGUGAUAUUUACAAGGAACUAUCCUAAAAAUGAUUUGUCCAGCUUGAGGAAUUUUAGAAUGAUAGGAAGUCUCUCAAGUUAGCCUUCAUGCAAUUUUGUAGGUUCAAACAUAAAUUUCGUCCAGCAUUUAAAGAUUUAGAUGCCUUCCUAAAUUGUUACAAUGCUUUACCAAAUCUAUGACUUCUACAUAACACAAACCAGUGGUCAAAUGUAAGACAAUAUAUUGUAGAUUUACUAUAGGUUUUCAACCUUUUUUAGAUUUAUGCAUGUGGACAUUUUUAUAAUAUAAUUACAACCGCCACAAAGUUAGCUUUUUUAAAUUGCAGGCAGUAUUGCAUGUCAUACUAAUCCGUAGUGGCCUUGACGAGGCCUAGUCCCAGGGAAAACAUUUUGUAGAGUUACAGGGGAGUGGGAGGAAGGGAAGGAAUAAUUUUUUAUUUAAUUUCUGCACUAUCUUUCUCAAGUACCUGCAUGAAUAAUGAGAAAUAUUUUGUGACUUUAAUUGGUAAAUAUGUUAACAAAACCGAGUACUGAAACUACAUCAUGUCUUCAGCUCUCUGUAUCUUAACCAGUAAUUUCAGUGGUCUGAAACAUGAUUCCGAACUUCGUGUGAGUCAGAGCUCACUGUGGAACUCAAAUGCUUCAUCACUGAAUCUGGCAGUUACUCUUAGCCAGGUGCCCCUGCAGUUACUACACAGGGACUCGGGUUCCUGGCUGAGAAACAAAUAACAAUGAUGGCAGCAAUUAAGGUCACAGAAAUCAUUAGCAAAAGGGAAACCACUGAAGACUUGUGCUGCAGCUUCCGCUUAGU